CUCAGACCGUACACAGCUCUUCAGAAAAAAGAAACCCAAACACCUCAAGCUAAACGCGCAAAACAUUCGCAAGUGAAUAAAAAUACGAUAGUGGAAUCGCAUCCAAUCGUAUAGAAUAUUAUCAACAAUUUUUAAACAAACUAAAAUAAACAAGAAAACUCAAUUUCAAAAUGCAAGUGGAUAAAGUUUGUGCCACCAUCGCGCUUUUCGCAAUCUUCGCCAGCGUUGUGGACGCAGCAGUUUACUCCCAGCCCGCCAUCUUCCAUCCUGCUCAUCCCGGCAAGUGCUUCGACAAGCUGACCCGCAAGGCCCUGCUGCCCGACAAGGAAUACAAGCCGAAGGGCAUCUGCGCGUCGAUGACUUGCAGCCUGGAGGCCCGCGAGAUCAGCAUCGAGACCUGUCCCUAUGUGGAGGCCCCUGGCUGCGAGGAGCUGCCCAGCGAUCCCAACUGGCGGUUCCCCAAGUGCUGUCCGCAGUUCAAGUGCGUCGACUUUAAGACCGGCAAGGACUUCAUCGUCUCCCUGUAGAUCGGCUAUAAAUAUAUAUCUACCCUAUAUAGCCGCAACUGAAACGUGAUUUUACAUGAAAUGUAUUCGUAGUUUUGUAAUGAUCAAAAGAGAGAAAGUGAUAGUAAAAGAGAGAGAGAGAGAGAGAGAGCGAGCGACUGUGUGCGUGUGUGAAAAAUUCUUAAUUUAUUUAUUUUUAUUUUGUAAAUAACACAUUAUCUGCAUAAAUCCCACUUCCCUGUCAUGUUUUCACGUGUUAACAUAAUUCAAUUUGUUUUGAUUUAUUCAAAAGUCCCUGUAUGCGAUAUUUGCAAGUAUGACUAACAACCAUCAACCAACUAUGUUUAGUCCAUAAGUUUUAAGCGAAAUAAUAAAAAAAAAUUCAAAUAUGCAAA